AUGGCCGUUCUGCUCUCCCGUGGAAACGAUGCCCUCCGCAUCAACCCGCCCGCGGGUGACCAGCGCCUCGCCACCCACGGCUCCGACUGGCUGUGGGCCGUGACGGCCGUCUACUGUCUCUCGUUCCUCGUCUUCGUCGCGCUGACCUACGUCGCGCGGGCCGGCGAGAAGAUCUUCCACUACCUCUUCACCAUCGCCCUGCUCGUCGGCUCCAUCGCCUACUUCGCCCAGGCCUCCGACCUGGGCUGGGCCGUCGUCCGGGCCGCCAACGAGGUCAGCCGCGGCGCCACGCGCCAGAUCUUCUACGCCAAGUACGUCAACUGGGUCGUCGCCUUCCCGACCAUGUCCAUCGCCCUCGGCCUGCUCUCGGGCGUCUCGUGGGCCACCAUCGUCUACAACGUCUUCCUGGGCUGGGCCUGGGUCGUGUCCUACCUGCUCGGCGCCUUCGUCCAGACCAACUACAAGUGGGGCUUCUUCGUCUUCGGCACCUGCGCCUGGUUCCUGCUCGCCUUCAACACGCUCUUCGAGGGCCACCGCGGCGCCACGCGCGUCGGCGUCGCCAGCGACCACAUGAUGCUCGCCGGCUGGCUCAACCUGCUCUGGCUGCUGUACCCCAUCGCCUGGGGCGUCAGCGACGGCGGCAACUACAUCAAGGUCACCUCGGGCUUCGUCUACUUUGGCAUCCUCGAUAUCCUCAUGAUCCCCCUCAUGGGCUUCGCCAUCGUCGUCCUGUCGCGCCGCUGGGACUACGGCCGCCUCAACAUCGCCUUCACCCAGUACGGCCGUGUGAACGCCCCGGCCGGCACCUUCCCUGAGAAGGCGGCCCCUGCCGCCACCGCCCCUGCUGGCGGCCCCGUCGCCGGCGCGCCUGCUGGCGGCCCCGUCGCCGGCGAGACCGCUGUCUAA